GAAUCCAAUCUGGUUUGUUUUCGCAGGAAGUAGGCGAAAGAAGGCAAGCGAGCGAGCGAGCAAGGAGGCCGGGCCUUCCCAGCCCGCCUUCCCCUUCUCUUGUUUCUCUCUCUGUGUGUGUGCGUAAGUGUGUGUUUGUGUGCAAGAGCGCCUCUCUUUCUCCCUGCUCAUUUCUGUAUGGCUGGCCACCUUUCUCUCCCCAGUUGCUGAGCGCCGUUGGCUGUUCAGAGCGGUUUUGGCUCCUUCCCUUAGUAACAGCUUUUACAUUCUGCCUCAAUUCCUCUUCAAUUGAAAUCACACACACACACACACACACAUACGCGCGCACACAUAAAGCAUUACUUUUUUUUAUUGCCUCCUCCUCCUUCCUUGGGACUUAAUCUAUAAUUUCCCCCCACCGCCUCUCGCUUCCCAUCCCCCUCCAGCAGCACCAGCUCUCACACACAUACACGCACGCACUAAAACACACACACACACACACACACACACACACACAACCCUCACCCAGACUCGGGUCAUAAUUGAAUACAUUGCAUUCCCCCCCCUUUCCCGGUGGCUACUUGAAGUCUUUCCCCCCCCUCCCUUCCCCCUUUGGGCUGCACCCGCAAUUGCAAACCCAUAUAUUAUACCUCUUAGAGAAGGAGGAAGCUGCAUGAAAUAUAGCUCUAUGUGUGUCAGCGUGGGGGGCUUUUUCCUCCUCUUUUGCCUCCAUUGCAAAAGGAGGGGGGGCGGAGAGCCAUACUAAGCCAUCAAUUGCAAGGUUAUGCAGUCUAUCCAAACAAUUGUUGUUACUGGGCAGUACCAUCUUCCUGUAAUAGGAGGCUCCUAAGAGGAAACCUUCUACCUAUCAAUGCACGACCAAUGACAGAAUAUUUAUUGAACUGUGUAAAGCAAAAUUAUUUGGAGUGAUGGGAAAAACUUGCUAUCCCAAAUCCUAUAAGAUGUUUGCAGGAUUUCGGCAAUCUUACUCCUGAAGUCGUGUCCUAAAUCUCAUGAGAUUUUGCUCAAAUCAUUAUCAUCAUCAUCAACAACAACAGCAACAUUUUGGAAGGACUAGGGAGGUUCCAGAUGCCCAUGGACUUAUGGAUAUGAUGAUUCCUCAUAUAUGUAAUGCGAAGCUUUUUCAGUGGAUUACUGAACAGAAAUUCAUCUCUUAUUAAUGAGUAUGCAUAUGCUAGUAAUCGUUCACUGAAGAAAACACAGGGUUAUAUCCUUCAUCGUGACCUCAUGGUUUAAGCGGGCAUAAAGAUGAGUAUAAGCAGUGAUGAGGUUAACUUCCUCGUAUAUAGAUAUUUGCAAGAGUCCGGGUUUUCUCAUUCAGCAUUUACCUUUGGUAUCGAGAGCCAUAUCAGCCAGUCCAACAUCAACGGUGCUCUGGUGCCCCCAGCUGCUUUGAUUUCAAUAAUUCAAAAAGGCCUGCAAUAUGUGGAGGCAGAAGUCAGUAUUAACGAGGAUGGUACUUUGUUUGAUGGCCGGCCGAUAGAGUCUCUCUCGCUGAUAGAUGCCGUGAUGCCCGAUGUGGUACAAACAAGGCAGCAGGCGUACAGAGACAAGCUUGCUCAGCAGCAGGCAGCCGCAGCCGCAGCCGCAGCGGCUUCAACAAAUCAACAAGGAUCUACAAAAAAUGGUGAAAAUACUGCAAAUGGAGAGGAGAAUGGCGCCCACACUAUAGCAAAUAAUCAUACAGAUAUGAUGGAGGUGGAUGGUGAUGUUGAAAUCCCUCCAAACAAAGCAGUGGUGCUGCGGGGUCACGAAUCUGAAGUUUUCAUCUGCGCCUGGAACCCUGUCAGCGAUCUUUUGGCCUCAGGAUCUGGAGAUUCAACAGCAAGAAUAUGGAAUCUUAGUGAAAACAGUACCAGUGGAUCUACGCAGCUGGUUCUUCGGCACUGUAUACGAGAAGGAGGGCAAGAUGUACCAAGUAACAAAGAUGUAACAUCUCUGGAUUGGAAUAGUGAAGGUACUCUCCUAGCAACAGGAUCGUAUGAUGGUUUUGCAAGGAUAUGGACUAAAGAUGGUAAUCUCGCCAGCACAUUAGGGCAGCAUAAAGGUCCCAUAUUUGCAUUAAAAUGGAAUAAGAAAGGGAACUUCAUUUUAAGUGCAGGUGUGGACAAGACCACAAUUAUUUGGGAUGCACAUACUGGAGAAGCCAAACAGCAGUUUCCUUUCCAUUCUGCACCAGCGUUAGAUGUUGACUGGCAGAGCAACAACACAUUUGCCUCCUGUAGUACAGAUAUGUGUAUUCAUGUCUGCAAAUUAGGUCAAGAUAAACCCAUCAAAACCUUCCAGGGCCACACAAAUGAAGUAAAUGCAAUCAAGUGGGAUCCCACUGGUAAUCUCCUGGCUUCUUGUUCUGAUGACAUGACUCUAAAGAUCUGGAGUAUGAAGCAAGAUAGCUGUGUUCAUGAUCUGCAGGCCCACAACAAAGAAAUUUAUACUAUCAAAUGGAGUCCUACAGGGCCAGGAACAAACAAUCCCAACGCCAAUCUUAUGUUAGCAAGUGCAUCCUUUGAUUCUACAGUCAGGUUAUGGGAUGUAGACCGAGGAAUUUGCAUCCACACCUUGACGAAACAUCAAGAACCUGUGUACAGUGUAGCUUUCAGUCCUGAUGGUAGAUAUCUGGCCAGUGGUUCUUUCGACAAAUGUGUACACAUCUGGAACACACAGACGGGUGCUCUGGUGCAUAGUUAUCGGGGGACAGGAGGCAUUUUUGAGGUUUGCUGGAAUGCAGCAGGAGACAAAGUUGGAGCGAGUGCUUCAGAUGGUUCAGUUUGUGUACUAGAUCUACGGAAAUAGCGCUACUAGUUGGAAGCCAUGGACCGACUAUGAAUGUGUACAUAGCCAAAAUGACUGUCCCCACGACCCAUGUACUGCUAUUGUCCCAACUGAACCAUGGCCAGUCCACUACAGCCAAACCUGAAAUAAUUAAAUACAUGUACUGUACAUUUUUUUAAAAAACACAAAAAAAGCAAAAGAUUAUACCCUGAAGAAGAUGACAGAGUGAUGUCACAGCUUGUGAAGCCUGUUCACCAAGUGCUGGAAUUUGCUGCAGCCCACCCCCCCACACACACACCCCCCAAAUAAAAUUGGAUGUGGGAGGAAAUUAAAAAAUAAAACAGGACAAGAGAGAAAGAGAACUGAAUUAUGCAAGCAGCCCUUUGAGAGUAUCAGAUUGAGGAAAGCGAUGUAUGGCUUAUUCCCCCCCCCCCCCUUUAUCUUCUUCCUCCUCUUUUCUUUAUUUUUACCCUUUUUUGAAAUUUUGGGAAGUUUUUUGUUUUUUCUUCUUUCUGAUCCCUCCCCACCACCCGAAUAGGUAAUGAACAGUUUUCAUGUAUAGGGAGAACAAACUUGCUUAGUCCUGCAACAGUGAUUGGGUUCAUUGCUUCUUCUCAUGCUCUUUAACGUUUUACUGAUGCUUGAAGCCAGGAUGUGAAAUUCUUUCUAGGUGGUGGUAGAUCUUUUCACUAAGAAUUGGAGGGAGGGAAAUCUUUUCAGCAGUUCUUUGAAGUCCUCGUUAAUAUUUAACUUUAUAGACAUCUGGCAAGUGUUACAUAGAUCUGCUUCCACUUUAGAUAAGGAGGAAGAAAACAAAACCCAUCCUGACGAAUGAGAAUCAACAUUCCUUUAUCUUUGUCAUCAGAGCCAAUAGUUUAUAAGCUGCUUGGAUGCUGCACUUAGUCUUCUUAUUGAUGAUGGCUGCUCCAGAAAGCAGCCACCUCCAACCUGACACAUUUCUGCCAGAGUGUACAAAAUGCAAGAGAAACACAUAAACUGAAAUAGGAUGACCACAGUAGGGCAGUCAUGUCAUUGGCUUGGACAGCUCGAUGGAAUGGAUGGUGAGCCUUUGUGUAGUCAGAUCUGGGGGAAGGAGGUGAUAGACCUUGAUGGUAAUCCCAACACCUGUGGUCUGUACAUUCCAAGUUUAAGCCAGACCGAAAAAAAUGGAACCUUUUUUUUUCAAAACCAUGAUCAUAGUACAUUUGAGUCGCUCUGUGAAAAUUGAACUAAUAGAGAGAGAUAAAGGUCUGGUCUCAUUCUCAGUUUGGGCAAAUUUUUCUGCUAUAACUAUGAAUUUUCUCCAGUUUUACUGCGUACAACCAAAUUCCCAGUUGGAAGUAUUUCAGCCUUUGGGGACAGUACUUAUUUCUUUCUUCCCCUUUGUACAAAAACAUAUUUGAAGCCUCUUUGCUAAGAUUUUUCUGAAGUAAGGCAAGUUGUUUACUACCUUCAAGAUACUGAUUCAUUGGAAAUUCUCCCCUCACCCCUCCGCAAAACAUGUUGAAGAGGGAACUGAGCAAUAUUUGCAGCAGGGAUUAAGUUCCACUGGGCUGGUGAAGUUCCCAGUGAAUGGCUCCUCAUAUUUUUUAAGUCAAAGGAAAGGAGGAACAUGCCCUGGCAAAACUCUUUGCCUCAUGCUUCUUCAACUAUCAAAUGAUUGAGCUUCCAUACUAGAAAACAGCCUUGCAUUAAUUUUUCCCUGUUGUUCUCCCGUUAUUUUUUCUUUUCUGUGUGCUUGUCUCCUUUCUCUUCACCACACCACUCUUCAAAUUUAGAUUUAAGUGUAAGCUGCUAAAUGUUUUUCAGGAGAAAAUAUAAUCACCACUUUUGAGUGUCUGGUUCUUACAUCAAGUCUUGCUUUUCCUUUCUACAUAUUAACUCGGUGCUCACGUUUGAUCACAAGCGACUUUUUUUGGGUGAACGUACAGUUAUAAAGGCUGACCCAUUUCAGUCUCUAAUGCUUCGUGUCUUACGCAGCUUCCAACUUCUUAAACAAAAAGGUGUACAGGCUUUUUUAAGGUUUCACCUGAUUUUUACCUAAAGGAAUGCUUUCUACUUAUUUGCUUUGCUAAGGCCUCCAUUUCGGAUCUCCUUUUCAGUCACAGCAACACAGUGCAGAAAUACUAAACUUCUUAUCUUUUCCAUUUUUGCUACUUCUUCCAAUAGGCGGCACAACAUAUAAACACAAAGCUUGGACCUCUCUUAUGAAGAUAUAAACCAAUUCCCUCUUUAUUUGUAAAUUAUCCACCGUCUUGAAUUCUUCUUUCCCUCCUGAUGAGGAUUAUUUUGUUUUGUUUUUACAAUGUAUGUGUUUCCAGACAUCAUUACAAUGUUUGUCUCCUUUCUUUUUAACAUCAGGCAAGGAAAUGCACACCAAAGCUUCAUUGACCUAAGAUCCAGCUUAAGAUCUAAAUUCUAAGAGGAACCGCUGCUGCUGCAGUAACUCCAUUUUCUUUAUAAGACUUAGCUCAAUCUUCCCUAUUCUACUGUGGCUUUUGCUAAAUCAGAUCACUGCAUCCUAUCCCCCUCUUUAUGAAGUACAUUCUUUCAGCAUUGACUUCUGCCACCUCUGUGUAUAUGCCCAGAAAGCAGAUCUUGAAGUAAGUAGAGUUUUGCUUGGUAAGGCAACCACAACAUUUUUUAGCUGAUUUAAAAUGCACCAUCAUGGUUACUCUUAAUGGGGGAUUAUAAAGUUAUACACAGAUUGUGAGAGAAGAAAAGGAAGAUUUACCCCCAUAAGGACAGUCGUUCCAUCCAAUUAUACCUCUGUAUUAAUUGCUUAUAGGGUUUGGGAAUAGGCUUAGGAGGUUAAGAAUCAUUUUCCCUGUAAAUUACAGUAUGUAAGAAACUUAACCGGUUGAGUAUCUGGCACUUGAAAAACCUUGCUUUUUACCGCUGGAGGUCCAGGACUGUGGCUGACCUCUGUCAUUAUUAAAAUAAUUUUUUAAAAGUUUAAAAUAUGUAAAAAAAAAUCUGUGCAAUAAUUUUAAACUGUGCUCCCAGGAAUAGACACAAAUGUGUUUUUUGGGGAUUUUUAUUUUGAGUAUAUUUAAACAGCAAUUUCUUUUCCUUUAGCAACACAAAUGUCAAUUGCACUGAACUUAAAUCUUUUAAAAAAAAGUCAGAGGUGAUUCUUGAUAGUACUUUUGUAUUUUGAUAUGGACAGUCUGUUCGUUUUUCAUACAAGCUCUUGAACUGAUGUUUCAGCUUACUUCAAAAAAAAGUGUAUAAAAACGAGAUGGUGUUUUGAAGUCUUUUGACACAGCUGCAGGAUUCCACAGCAACGUUUCAUAUUUCUGGUUUUGCAACUGUUUAGCUCUUGUUUUUUGGUUGGUUGGUUGGUUUUGAUUCUAGCCAUUUAAGUAUGAUAUAGCAUGUAGACUUUAUUGAAGCUUCAUUAUCACAGCUGUGUUAUCAACCAAAUCCUGGGCGGAUUCCCCUCCUUCCACAUAAUUUUGCUUUUAACACAAUUCAAGGAAGACUUUUUGGGGGGGGGGGGGUGGGCCAGACGUUCAGUCUUGCUCUUGAGUUCCACAAGCCACAUUCCAAAUUCCCAAGUCCCAAACCAGGCAAAAAUUAACUUCAUUCCCAUGGACUGCAGACCUUCCCAGGCUUUCUAUGUUUCAUGCCAUUAUAAAUCAUUAAUGUUAAAGAGUAUUUUAUAGGAAAUAGGAUAGUAGCCCUUGGCUUUAUUUUGGAGAUUAUUAUUUUUUUCUUUCAUCAGAUCUGUUUGUGCUGUACAUCUUUCUUCUCUUCCUCCACACUGCAGCUUCCCUCUCCUGUAUCAUCCCAUAACAUGGGUCACUUGGGGAGGGGAGGUUAAAGUGAAGAGAGGAGUUAGCAGCACAUCUUUUAAAAAACAGCUGUUGCGGUAGGAAAAAGGGCCAGAUGUAUUGUGGUUGUUUGUGUGAUAGACAUUGAGCUAAAAGCCUGGAAUUCUCCAACUGUUGACUGCUGCCUUUUCAUCAAUGUGCCACAGUGCUGCUCCAAUUGUGAACUGACUUCCUUCUCCUUUUCAGUAAGACAAAACUUUCAGAAUGUGGUAUGAAAGGAAAAAAAGGGGAGCACAAUAAAAAGAGCCAUUCAAACACCCAAGGCAGAAUAAGCAGAAUGGGAAAAUCCCCAAAGCUGCCAUUCCUCAUUCCAGGAUAUAACUACAUGUAAGGUCUCUCCACCUUGUAUUUUAUUUUCGACACUAGCAGGAAUAUGGCAAGCACUGUUGAGAAAUACCACAGUGUUCAUUGGCUAUUCUUUUAAUUUGUCAUUUACUUUCCCACCGUUGUUUUUAACUUGUGUGCCCACAUAGGUUCUAAAAGCAGAAGUAAGUGGUCGAACUAGGAGCACUAAUGAAGAUGGUGGGGUCCAAUCCUUCUUUCAUGCAGCACAGUCUCCCCUAUAAUUCUUCCAUUCAAAUGACUUGACCAAUGCAGCUUUAGGAAUAUCACUUUCCUGUGAUUUGAUUCCACCCUGAUACUAGUUAAAAUCAGACUGGGCUUCCCCAGUCUGAUACCCUUAAGAUCAUUGAUAUACAGCUGCCUGUAUAUUCCCAAUCACCAUGACUAGAAAUUGAAUUUUGCCAAGACUAAGGAAGCUGAUUUGUGCAUGGCUGUGCCGUGGAGAAAGAUCUGAAGCACAGAUUGAAAUGGGCUUCAUGGUUUUUGCCAAGACCAAGGAAGCUGAUUUGUGCAUGGGCGUGCCGUGGAGAAAGAUCUGAAGUACAGAUUGAAAUGGGCUCCAUGGCUGUAACAGCCUGCAUAAAAUGAACGUUCAUUGAAAUGACAAAGCCAAAAAGUAUUUUGAAGGUAAUAUUUACCAAUUACUACAGUGGUUGAAGUUUAUUGGAUUGUUUUAAAGUAGCUUGGCAUUUAACAUUUGGAUAACUUAUUUUUGAUAAGUUAAUUGUGGGGAAGAAUUGGGAACAUUUGUUAACAUUGUAGGACGGACUGCUAAGAUGUUUUGGGCAGCAAGGGUGAUGCAUGAAAAAUGGGUGAAAAUCCAGUUUCAUUGUGGUCAAAUAAGAUAGCGACCAUUAGGUUAUGACAAAAUGUCUGUCUUCAUUGUCUUAGGUUAUUGGGUUAAAACUAGGGCAUUCUUCCCAAUCUAGUUCCUAAGUUAACAAGUUGUGGGAGUAAGUUCAUACAAUUUGCAGCCAUCUGGAUGGUUAUACUGAAAAGUGGGCAGUUGUAAUUCUAAUAAAUCUUGGGGCCACCAGCUGAAAGAAGGCUAAUCUAGGUUUCUUAAUGUUACCUUUGAAAGCCUUUUUUUAAUUGGUGGUUAUGUAUUUUAAAUGUACAAUGAGGCCUGUAGCUCUAAGCCUCUUUCUGGAAUCUUAGUACCACAUCAGUCUGUGGGAAGCAGAUAGAUUUGAGAAGCAGGGUGAAAAUAAAAUACCUUGCAUCCAGAUAAAACAAAUUGAAGACUGAUGAUUUUUAUGGUAAGCUAAAUAAGAUGGAAAACGAUCAAAAGUUUAUACCAGUUGGAAUUUUAUUUACUGAUUUUUAUUUUUAUUUUUUUUUUUUGCGGUGUUAGCAUGUUUUAAAAAAAUGCAGCAGCCUUAUAUUUCCUAAGUUCAGGAGUAAAAAUAUGUAAAGCCCAGAAAACCUUCUGCAUUUUUAUGCUGUGUCAAUUGGUUUUCAGAAAGCAUCAAAACCGCAGCAUUGCAAAAUGGUCAUUGUUCAGGUAUGGUUUUUAAAGAAAAAAGCUAAGUUUAAAGCUACAGACUUUCCAUGAAAUAUGUAAUUUCAAAGGAAGGAAAAGUGCAUUUGGAUAUUUAGACACCCUUCUCCAAUUUUAGCUGCAGGAGAAGCUCUCAUGUUAAAAAACACAGAUUUGUUUGCGUAAGAAGCAGUGAGCAAAAAAUAACAUUGGCUUAGCAUGGGCAUCUGGAAUUUCCAGUAUUUGUGAAUGGAUUUGAAAAGUAGAAAAUUUUUAGUAAAAGAAAAGGAUUCUGAAUUUUCCCAAAAGGAGGCAGCAUUGUGGCACAUGAGCAGUGACAGAAUCUACAUAGUUUACGUCUAAAAGGAUGGAUGUGCAAAUAUGCUGAAGGACCAGCGCACAUCAUAAGAGCCCACAUCGUGUUGAUUUUAUCCUGUGUUGCGUUUUGACUGUUACCACCUCGUGUCAGCUGCUGAACUGCUGUCCUGCUUCUCUCAAAUAGCCUUCUUUCAAGUAUUUGUUCUGUUGGCUUUCUGUAUGUCUCAAGAUUUACAUCCAGAAGUUGAACAGAGGGAGCAGGAAGACACCUAAAGAGAGCUCUAGGUUUGGACAGCAGCAAAGGUUUUUGAGAUGAACUGCUUUGAACCUACUCUUCGGAGAAAAACCUACAGCUUUUCUGAUACUUCCGCAGAUACAUCAGAUGCCUAAUUGUCAAACUCAUAAAUAAUUACAGCCACAGAUGUCAAUGCUGUAAGAUUGUCCAGCAACCGUUGCAACAAAGCCUAUUAGGUUUCCAUAUGUUGAGGUCUAUCAAACAAAAGCAUGAUUUUUAUCAUCACCUAGUCUGCUGCUUUCUGGGUUUUUUUUUUUUUCCCUUCUUCCCAUUUGUGGACAAAUUCAGGAAAACCUUCUGUUUAGUUACUGCUUCUCUGGUGUGCUUUGCAAUCUUGUUUCUCGAAAGGGUGCGGUGAACAGGUCAGUGAUCUAGAAGACAAAAUUGAUCUCAGUUUUUUUUUCCUUUCUUCCUGCCGAUGGUUUCUCCUUCUCUCCUGACUUUGACGUAGUUGUAAAAAAAAAAAAAAAAGGUUUAAUCUGGAGUUAACAAAUCUUUGGGGUCUGCUUUGUGAUCCUAUCUCUAUAGCUACUGGAUAGAAAAUGUCUAUGCCAUUUCUUCAGAUAUAUAUCCAGCUAAAUUACAAACGUAUACCGGUGUAAAACCAGCCCACAUGAGAGUUUUUUUUCUUUGCUUUUUUUACAUGUUCAGAAAGACUUUAUUGUUCAGUUUUCAUGAUUUAUUGUCUAAAGAAGACUGAUAUAGAUGUUCUAUACUGUCCUGGACCCAUGUUAAUUACACCUUUUAUGAUGUAUUUUGGUUCCACCUCACAAUUAUUUUCUCUCCCUCCCUCCUUCCCACCCUUAAAAUUCUCUUUCUUAAUCCUUUUCCAGGCACAUUUUUCUGUUGCAGGUUUCCCUUUGCAUUGUAUUGCUCUGACAAGUGUAAUUUGAAUCAGAUCUGAAAGAGGUCCAGAAUAAAAUAUAUUUUGAUACGA